AUGCCGAGAAGAAUGAGCAAUUGCUACACACUGACGUGCAGAAAUUUGACGUUCUUCACAGUCUUAGCAGUGACGAUCCAAAUCAUCGGCCUCUCGCUUUUUAUUGUGGGAUUCUUUCCGGUGAAGCCUUCUUUCUCCGGCAUGAGUGGGUUGGAGAGUUUUUAUCCUCCUGGUUUUGAUUCGACUGAUGACGGCACCCGAAAAAACUCAACUUUGCCUCCUGAAAAGCUCAAGUCUUUAUACGAGGAGCUAUCCGGUGUUCCUCCAUUAUAUGAUAGAUUAAUAAUCAUGGUUAUUGAUGGCCUACCAGCCGAAUUUGUGAUUGGGAAGGAUGGGAAGCCUCCAAGUAUGGCUUUUGCAGAAGCUAUGCCUUAUACACAGUCAUUAUUGGCUGAAGGAUUGGCAAUUGGGUAUCAUGCUAAGGCUGCACCUCCAACUGUUACAAUGCCCCGCCUGAAGGCUAUGGUAUCUGGAGCUAUUGGAGGAUUCCUGGAUAUCGCAUUCAAUUUUAACACACAAGCAUUUCUGGAUGAUAACCUUAUUGCUCAGUUUCGCAGAAUUGGAUGGAAAAUGGUGAUGCUUGGUGAUGAAACAUGGAUCAAGCUGUUUCCUGACAUGUUUGAUAGACAUGAUGGAGUUAGUAGUUUCUUUGUUAAAGACACCAUUCAAGUGGAUUACAAUGUUUCUCGACAUUUGACAUAUGAGCUUGACAUUGGGGACUGGGAUCUUCUGAUUCUUCAUUAUCUUGGAGUGGAUCAUGUUGGACAUAUUGGUGGACGUAAUAGUAUCUUGAUGGCCCCCAAGCUCGUGGAGAUGGAUGAAGUUAUAAAAAAAAUCCAUUCAAGUAUCACACCUACUGAAAAUAAUAACCAGAAACAGACACUUUUGAUGAUAGUGAGCGAUCAUGGCAUGACUGACAGUGGUAAUCAUGGAGGGUCUUCAUUUGAGGAAACAGAUUCUUUGGCAAUUUUUGUUAGUGGCCAAAAAUUUAAAAUUCCAGAGAAAAGCCAAGAAGCUUACCAGGUUGACAUAGCUUCAACAUUGGCUCUUCUUUUUGGUGUUCCAAUCCCCCAGAACAAUGUUGGCACUGUGAUGACAGGCGUUUUCACAUCUCUCGAAGCAGAUGACCAACAGCUGAGAAUACUUGAGCUGAAUUCAUGGCAAUUGUUAAGGCUACUACAGACCCACUUCACUGACCUGAGAUGUGAAAGAUACUCUUGCAAUUCGGGAAGUAGUAAAAAUAGUGAUGCAGAAAGACUUUGUUGCUCAUAUUUAGCAGCUAUAUCACUUCAUAAAUCCUGGCUGUCCAAAAGUUCCCAGAGAUCUGUUAAUGGGGAUGACUACAGAAGCAUAGUUCUGGCAUACCGUAAUUUCCUUUCAACUGCAAGCAUGUGGCUAUCAAGCAGAUCAACUGAUAAACCUAUCCAUCUGCUUGCAUUGGGAAUUACAGCAAUGGGUCUAUCUUGUCUAGGAGUGAUGAGCCUCCUUUUCCUUUAUGGCCAAGAAUUCAACUUCAUGAAAAACCAACGCCUUUCAGGUUCUAAUGACGACAUGCACAAGUGGCGUUUGGAUGAGUGUUUUACUGCCGGCAUAAUAUUUAUUCUCAUUUUGAGUAUGGGUUCAAGUUCUAUGAUCGAGGAGGAACAGUACAUUUGGUAUUUCAUGACCACUUCAUUGUAUUUGAUCUUUCUCAGAAGAACUAUACAGUCUAUCACAGAACACCAUGCAUCCAAUUUGACUCCAGAAAGGAAAAUAACAAGUCCAUGUAAUAUAUAUUACAUCAUUGCAGUUCUCAUAAUUGGGAGAAUUCUAAGAGGCUGGCAUCAAGGUGGUGUUAACUGGUCUUAUUUACCCGAUAUUUCGAAAUUGCUCGAGCAGGCAGGGACUGUCCAUAUAAAGUCCAUGCAUCUCCUGUCAUUGGUCCUUGUCGUCAUAUGUUUUGCCGUUAUUUUGAAAUUGCGGGUAAAAACACGUUCGGCAGCGUUGAUAAUGUUGAUUUAUUUAUUUCCUUCUGCAAUGAUUCUGAAACAUAUUUUAAAAUGCCAAGAGGCAUUCAUAACAUUGAGUACUGAAACAACUGCAAUGAUACAAGUUAUCUAUGCUCUUAUUGGAAUAUCUACUGUGGGGAUGCUUGUAGCUGUGCCAUGGUUAAUGCCUAUCACUUUAUCCCGCGAUGUUUUGCAAGAAAGUCAGCAGGAAGUUCCGGAAGCUGGGUUUAGAAACUCUCUAUUUGUAAUCGGGUGGUGUAAUAUGUUUUCCUGGUGUCUGCUUCAAAUGCUGCUACAACAACCAAUAAAUUCGAUACCAAUUUGUUUACUACUCGUGCAAAUCCUGAUCAGCAUACGCUAUUUUUGUGAGGGCGGUUUACAUCUCAAGCAAUGGGUUAAGGUUGCAGCACUGUACUAUUUGGGGAUGGCCGGCCACUUUGCUCUAGGCAAUACAAACACUCUUGCCACAAUUGAUGUAGCUGGGGCUUUCAUUGGUAUCUCAAGCCACUCGACUUUUAUAUCCGGUAUUUUGAUGUUUGUCAUCACGUAUGCCUCGCCAAUGUUAGCCCUUCUCAGCAUGCUGAUGUGUGUUUCAACGGUGGACAAGAGAGCAUCUGAGCAGCAGCCAGAUAAUGUUGAUUUUGGACAUCUUUUGAAAUCAACCCUAGGCUAUCCUUGUCUAAUUCCACUUGGACUGAAUUCCAUUCUUCUCCUUGCGUACACGAUUGUGUUGCUACUGAUGAGGAACCAUUUAUUUGUUUGGAGUGUCUUUUCCCCCAAGUAUAUGUAUGUUUGUGCUACAACGGCUUGCGUGUAUAUAGGUGUAUCGGUGGUUCAAUUUAUGUUAUCUAAGAUUUAUAUGGUUUUGGAACCUGCUCGAAAGAAGUUCCAAGAGUCCCAGAGAGGCCACGUGCCUGUUUUCAUGCAGAGGAUCAGUCGAAUUCAUCAAGAUUCGAGCACCGAGAUUUGA